CCGGUUUGUGGGCGGAACGCGACGAAUAUAGAUAAUUUUUCUUCUCUCUCUCUCUUUUCUUUCUUUCUUUCUUUCUCUUUGUCUCUUUCUCUUUGUCUCUUUCUCUUCAAAUCGUUGAUCAACAUUGAUCGUUCUGUUACGGCGUAGAGAUUUAACGAACACUUUGCUACCGCGGAACUGAGAUUCCGGCCAAGUGGACCUCAAGAGAGUGUCGUAGACUAGUAAGGAGACCAGAAUAAGUGGAUUCUGUACAAUCUCCCCUCGUAGCUGUCCACACAAAUCCCAGUAUUCUCUCAAACACUUUCAUUGAGCCUAUCUAUCGUUGUAUAGCCUAUUCUCCUUCGCUUCUCUAUUUCCAUCUAUAGCACAGUCGGGCUUCAAGUAUUGAUCUACAUACGCAAUGCCACAUCCGGAAAUAUAUUCUCGUUAAACAGUCUAACCCUGCAAUCAGCCUAUAUCUCGAUAUGUAGACUCCGCCUACCCCUUAAGUGUUUCAUAGAUUCUGGAUAAAUAGCUCCGCUAUGCAGAGUCUAAGACAUGGAAGGUGUCUAGGUUUAGCGAGAUGGGGCCAUUACUAUCGUGCUCGGAGUAAACUUCCGUAUAUUUUCAAUGCCUUGCCUCUUAGCGCAAGGAAAUCAUCUGUUUCUCAAAAUGGAGCCGGGUAAAGUGAGUGAUUGACCGGAGAGACCUCCGGUGACGAAACAACGACACUGGUACUCUGGGGAUAUUGAUACCUAGGAAGGAAAGAUUGUGAGGCGAGGUUGGUUGGUGGAAGUUUUAGCUCUUGCGAGGUAAUAGAAUUGUGAUUUCUUUGUCGGGUUGAACGAGUAUAAAUAUCUGGGUAGUUGCUAUCCUAGAGUUGGGAUGUCUUUUAUAUCCUUGACAGACUUCUUAAACUUAUAUUCUUAGAGCCCAUCUAAACGGAUAACCCAAGAUGAAGUGCUUGCUUAUUCUUAUUGUUUCGUUCUGCCUCCAAUCCAUCGGUGCGUUACCAGCCCCUGAUCCUCAGCCAAACAACGACCUUGUUCGAAGGGACAGCCUCCCGACUAGUUUCCAAUGGAGCUCCAGCGGCCCCUUGAUAGCGCCUAAGAGCGACAGCUAUAACAUUGCGGGAAUCAAGGACCCCUCGAUCGUUUACCACGGCGGCAAAUAUCAUGUCUUCGCCAGCACUGCCAAGGCAUCCGGGUAUAAUCUCGUCUACCUCAGCUUCUCCGACUUCAGCCAAGCUGCCUCGGCAGAGUUUCAUUACCUCGAUCAAACCCCUAUCGGCACGGGGUACCGCGCCGCACCGCAAGUCUUCUACUUUGAGCCCCAGCAACUGUGGUAUCUGGUCUAUCAGAACGGAAACGCCGCAUACUCGACUAAUGCCGACAUCGAUAAUCCGGCGGGAUGGAGCGCCCCCAAGAAUUUCUACAGUAGCAUGCCCAGCAUCAUCGAGCAGAACAUCGGCGACGGAAACUGGGUAGACAUGUGGGUCAUCUGCGACGCAUCUAAUUGCCACCUCUUCUCGUCCGACGACAACGGCCACCUCUACCGGUCUCAGACGUCCGUCGCCAACUUCCCCAAUGGCAUGGGCAACACCGUUAUCGCCCUGCAGGACUCAGAUCGCUACGCCCUCUUCGAGGCCGCCAACGUCUACAGCACCGGCGAUGGCAAGUACCUUCUCCUCAUCGAGGCCAUUGGCAGUGAUGGGGCGCGCUAUUUCCGCUCCUGGACCUCGCCUAGCCUUGACGGCAGUUGGACGGGUCUCGCAGAUACCGAAGCCAACCCCUUCGCUCGGUCGAACAAUGUGAAAUUCGACGGCAACGCCUGGACUAAAAGUAUUAGUCACGGAGAGAUGGUCCGCUCGCAGGUGGAUCAGACCAUGACGAUUAGCCCGUGUAACCUCCGCUACCUCUACCAGGGGAUGGACCCGAAUGCUAGCGGCGAUUAUAAUGCGCUGCCGUGGAAAUUGGGACUUCUGACACAGACUAAUUCGGCGUGCUAGCUUGGGCCUGCAACGGAUUCGGUCUGGCCAGCAUCUUGAUGGAGGCCGCCGGUGGAAUUUGAGGUUGACUUGUAAUGUCACUACAUAGUUCUCUUGAAACAUGGAUAUUCUUAGUUUGCUUUCAAGUGCAGUUCCGUAUUGCAACACGUGCAAAUCCUUCCACCCCAUACUUUUCGCCUUAAGCUCGGCAGUAUCCUGGACGGUCUAUCUCGGAAACACCAAUAAUCUGUUACGUAGUAGCGCCUAUCCAAGGGACCUCAGCGGUUGCAGGUCCUGGCUCUGGAGGGAAAUGCGUUGACAUAUGGAGAACCCACAACGGUAGUCUGUCGGAGCGUCAAAGGGAAAGUCCCUCGCGGCCUUUGGCUAAGGAUUUAGGAUUACCCAGUGCAAUUUCCUGUUUCGGGGCGGGGCUCUCCAUCUUCCUCUGGGGCUGACCUUGAGCUCGCUUGGUAUGCUCUUACUCUCUCGUGUAGAGACAUCUGCCGUCAUCGAAAGAUGUAGUAAUAGGCUCGUGUUACCG